AUGUUUUAUAUUAUAAAAACAGCACCACGUAAUUUUGGACUUCUUUGGACGAAAGCGAAUUGCAGUGUGACAGAUCCUUAUUAUGUUGCCGAGUUCUCGUGCGAAAUUAUUCCCUUACCUAAGGAAAAGAGCAACUACCUUGAUCCUGCUAUACGCUUCUCACGAGAUAUAAAGCAAUUGGUUUUGGAUUUUCGGAUUGUUAUGGAACGUGGAAAUCAGAAAAAUUUUGAAUUACUUAAAUUUAAAGCGGAUGGUUGCAAUAUUUUGAAUAAACAAGCCAAGAAUCCAAUUAUGAAUGCAAUGUUCAAAAGAGUUUUUCAAGCCAGUAAUUUUCCUUCACGAUGUCCUAUAAAAGGCAAUAUAACGUAUAAAACGGAUAAAUUUGCCAUUGAUCCAGAAAGUUUUCCAAUGUAUACACCAGAAAUGAAUUUCACAACCAAAUUAUACUUUUAUUCAGAGAAGAAAACUUUAAUGGCAACUGGAAGUAUGGACACGGCAGUGUUUAAUAAAGGAGCUAAUUAGGAUCAUAUAAAAA